UUGAAUAGUUCAAUUGAACUAAUCCGUUCCGAAACGGAAAACAAUUUGUGAACACCAGUAAGACCAAUAGGAAGGAAGAGUGGAAAAAGUUGAAUGAAAUGAUGAACAAUUUAUGUAAGCUGAUACCGCGUACAUUGGUAAAUGUUGCAAGGCAGAGUCAAAAUACCAUAAAACGUUGUUAUGCGGCUCCAAUCAAACGAUUCUACAAACAAACAUCGGUCCUCUACAAUGAUGGCAAAUACGAGGUAACAUUGGAUCAGCGCAAAUUGAAAACACCCAAAGGAACUUUGUUUACGGUGAAAAGUGAACCCUUAGCCAUUGCUGUUGCCACAGAAUUCAAUAACCAAAAGGAACACAUAGAAAGGACCAAAAUGCAUUUGUCUGCCCUUUGUUUUACAGCCAUUGACAAUCCAAAUAAUCACACAAAAAUUGAUAUGGUUAAUUACUUGCUAAAUUAUAUCCCAACGGAUACCAUUCUAUUCCAAUAUGACGACGAGAAGGAUUUGCAUGAUUUGCAGCGAAAUGAAUGGGAUCCAUUGAUUGAAUGGUUCAAUGAACGAUAUGGCACUCAACUUAAGAAAACUAUGGACAUAACCCCGCCAACAGUUUCGUCUGAAGACAAGAUGAAGAUUUCCAAAUAUUUAUUAUCACACAGUGAAGAUGUUUUAUAUGGUUUCGUUUUUGCUGUUGAUACAUUGAAAUCGAUUAUUUUGGCUUUUGCCGCCAUUGAUCAACGCAUUGCUGUCGACAAAGCUGUUACCUUGGCUCGUUUGGAGGAGGAAUAUCAGCUUAAGUUUUGGGGUCGUGUAGAAUGGGCCCAUGAUUUAAGCCAGCAAGAAUUACAAGCACGUCUGGCGGCAUCCGUUUUAUUUGCGCAUCUCAAUCGUUCGGAAUAUUUUAAGAAAGAGAAAACACUAAUCUAAUAUUAAAUUCAAUCUAAUUGUUAAUGUGAUUUCAAUGAAAUUCUUGUUUCAUUAUUUGUAAAGAUAUUUUGUUAUAAAGAUCAGUUGUGACAUAUAGAUUA